UGACCGCGGUGGGGGCGUGGCGUGGGUGACGUGCCCCCGGACGGGGUGGAAGAUGGCGGACGACAAGGUGGUGGAGGCGGUCGGCAAGGUGCUGGUGGACGCGUCGAGGCCGCUGAAGGAGCGGUUCCGGGCGCUCUUCACCCUCCGCAACCUGGGCGGCGCGUUGGCCAUCGAGUGGAUCUCGAAGGGUUUCUCGGACGAGUCGGCGCUGCUGAAGCACGAGCUGGCCUACUGCCUGGGUCAGAUGCAGGACGAGCGCGCCAUCCCCGUGCUCCGGCGGUUGCUGCACGACCGCGGCCAAGAGCCCAUGGUCCGGCACGAAGCAGGCGAGGCGUUGGGAGCUAUUGGGAAACCAGAGGUCCUUGAAAUGUUGAGAAACUACUCAAGUGAUCCAGUCAUAGAAGUGGCUGAAACGUGCCAGCUUGCAGUUAAACGGAUUGAAUGGCUACAGAACAACAAAGACCUCAGCGGAAGCCAAUACUGUUCAAUUGACCCUGCUCCCCCAUCUCCAGAGAAAGACAUUCAAAAAUUGAGGGAAACUCUGCUGGAUGAAUCCUUGCCCUUGUUCGACAGAUACAGAGCUAUGUUUGCCCUUCGUAAUAUUGGAACUAAAGAAGCAGUCCUGACUUUAGGCGAUGGUUUACAAUGCGGCAGUGCAUUAUUUCGACAUGAAAUCGGCUAUGUCUUUGGUCAGAUGCAGCAUGAAGCCAGUAUUCCUCCGCUUGUAACAGCGUUAAAAAAAAUGGAUGAGAGCUCCAUGGUACGUCACGAGUGUGCAGAAGCUUUGGGUUCCAUCGCCAAAGAGCCGUGUGUGGAAGUAUUGAAACAAUAUCUGCACGAUAAAGAACGCGUUGUGAAAGAGAGUUGUGAGGUGGCACUGGACAUGUCUGAAUACGAAAACAGUCCCGAGUUCCAGUACGCUGACAGUCUGAUCAGAUUACAGCCAAGCUGAUGUGGAGAAUUUAAUAUCGACUCAAUGGGACUUCUAUCACACAGCCGAUAGACUCUUGAAAAUCUUUGACACAAUUCUCAGAACCUCUUCCAGUAUUGGAGAUAUUUAUUGUAAAUUUCUUGAUGUUUAAUUGUAACUUGUAGAAAUGACAAUGAAACGCGUUGCUUUAUUUAUCUAUUGUCGUACCUCUUUACAUAUAGAGGAUACUUGGACCAUCAAAUCUUUGCUAGCUCUGAGUAUUGCCAUCAAUCUUAUUCCCCGGUAACCUAAGAUAAAUACAAAGUUCUGGAAUAAAUGAGCAGGUCAGGCAGCAUCUCUGGAGGACCUGGGCAGUCGACGACCCACAACAUUAUUUCACCACUUACUCCACGGAUGCUGCCUGACCAGCUGAGCUAUUUCAGCACUUUGUGUUUGAAUUAGUUAAUGCAUUAGAUAUGAUAAAGAUUGACACAGUGGUGCCUCGGUCAUUACUUAUGCCUCAAUUCCAGUGAUUGAGUUUCGAUCCAGCAUCUGCAGUUCCUUUUUUCCCCUGGAACCUAUUCCAUCUCACAUGUUCAUCAACUCCCCCUACUCCAUUUGAUUCUUCUGCCAUCCUCCCAGACCAACGAUAAUUUCUAGUAAUCGAGUUGCUACCAGCAUAUGUGUGAGGAAACUGACGCACCUGGGUGAAGCCUGAGAGGUCACAGAGAAUGCAAAUUUUCACACAGGCACCGGAGACGGAUGAGGAUGCUGAUCUGAUUUUCUUUAUGUUCAGCAGCUAAAUGACCCCUGAGAAGGAUUGGACCUUAAUCCAAUGAACGUACAAUUCUCAAAACUGGUAACUUCCUCCAAAUAAUGAAACCAAGUUGCUGGAAUUGUGAGGCAGCAGCAAUAAGUGAUGCUCCACUGAGUCAUUCUUUAUAUUGUGUCUAAUUUAUUAACUAAUUCAAAAUUUGAUCAUUUUAUAUGAUAUUUUAUUAGCUGCUAAUUUGGGGGAAAAUACAAGCAAAUGUAGUACUAUGGGGGGGGAAAGGUUUCAUUGAUGAUUGCAGAUCUGUACUUUGGAACUCUGAAAUCCUUGCACAUAAGGUAUUAGAAGCAAUUUAGAAUCUGUAUCCCUUGUGCAUUUUUAGGAAAUAUUAAAUGUUUUUUGCAAAUUCUGCAA